GUACUGGUAGGUUGUCGUGAAAAAUGGAGGACGACGCACCGGUUAUAUAUGGGCUUGAGUUUCAGGCCCGUGCUUUGACAGCUCAAACGGCAGAAACAGAUGAGAUACGCUUUCUGGUUGGCACACAGUCACUUAAGUUUGAGAACCAGGUCCAUCAGAUUGAUUUUGAUGAUGAAAAUAAUAUGAUCAAUAAAAAUGUUUUUCUCCACAAAGAGGGUGAAAUUUGGCACAUAAGUGCUUCAUCAACAGACAAGAACAUCUUUGCCACUUGCUACAAUAAAACAUCAGAUGCCAAGGCUGAGAUGGAAGCUGCAUUAUGGCGUAUUCCUGAGUUUGAUGCCAGUCUGGGAGAAGAUAGCUCACCAACCCACAAGGAACUGGAAUUACUUUGUAAGCUAGAUACUACAGACUAUGGAGAAAUGAAAGGUAUAUUAUGGCAUCCGUCAGGAGAGGGCAACACCAUCCUGUCCAUUGUGGACAGUCAUAUCCUGAUGUGGGACUUAGAAACCAGCAGUAGCAGAGCCACGCUUUCCAGUUCAAUAGCAUUAGAAGGUAAAGGGCAGCCCAAGUUCACAUCGGGCAGAUGGAAUCCUCACCACAACUGUUCUCAGAUUGCCACUUCCAAUGACACUAGUAUACGUGGAUGGGAUCUGAGGAGCAACAAGCAGGUGUAUACAAUAGAGAAUGCUCACAGUCAACUAGUGAGAGAGCUGGACUUUAACCCAAACAAGCAGUAUUACCUUGCUACCUGUGGGGAUGACUGUAAGACAAAGUUCUGGGACAUAAGGAAUUCAAAUGAACCCCUCAAGGUUUUAUCAGAUCAUUCACAUUGGGUCUGGAGUGUGAGAUACAAUCAUUUCCAUGACCAGCUGGUGCUGACCUCUAGUAGUGACAGUCGUGUGGUGCUAACUAAUGCAAUCUCCAUAUCAUCAGAGCCUUAUGGUCAUCUUGUGGAGGAUGAAGAUCUGAGUGAUGGAGAAGAAGAUGACAAAACUAAAGAGAAAAUGGAGGAUGGUACAAUAUCUACAUAUGAGGAGCAUGAGGACAGUGUGUAUGCUGCAGAAUGGUCAACUGCUGACCCCUGGGUAUUUGCUUCACUUAGUUAUGAUGGACGCUUAGUGAUAAACAGGGUGCCCAGGGCUGUCAAGUAUAAGAUAUUAUUAUAAAGUACCCCAGCAGACAUGUGCAUUGAUUUGAGAGAGGAGACAAACAUAAAACAG